AUGUCCUUGAUAGACAAAAUAUCUGUCACCUCUAAGAGAUUGGCAAGAGUUCAAGUAGGUACGAGCGCUAAGACGACGUACACCGAGCUUUGCUCUGAGCCUGUGCCGAUGGUCUGCUCAUCUCUGCAAGAACCUAGCACAGUGCUCACGGCCAAUCUUACCAAAACAUACCAUUGGUGCUACGUACCAGACACCCUUGAGCACAAUUACUGCGGGGAUGGAUGGAUUGUGAAGAUCCCAGGAACAUGGGCAGCUAGUCGUGGCAUUGACGGUAGGCCAACUGCAAUCGAGCUCGAUGCCGAUGGCGCCACCAUAAGUACUCCAAGUGCAAACAUAGCAAUCCCAUCCACAACUAGUACUGCGCUGAACAACCAAAACCCAUCGCCACCUUCGUCAAUUCUUAUGCCAACCCAGCAAAGCAUGUCCUCCCCAAAGUGGUAUGGGUCUGCUUCCAAGUCCACCGAGCACCCCUAUGGCCGCAACGAGCACAUCUUCAUCCUCAAUCGAUUCGACGACGUCUGA